AUGAGUCCAAGUCGAAACAAAACAGUUACUUUGUGUCUCCUCGCCGCAUUUGGAUUUUCCAAUAGUGCAUGUGCUGCGCCCAACCCGAAGUUACUUGGGAGCGACCUAACCAUACUAACACAUAAUGACUUAUACGGAACUUCGAGUACUCGGAAAACCGCAACAAUUGUUCUUAGUGCUCGGCAGUCCAAUGACAAGGCACAAACUACAUGUAAACAACUCCAUGAAACUCUAUGGGAGCCUGAAAUCAGGACCGAUUUCGGAUUUUUGAAGUACCUCGAACAUGCCAAUGCUGCAGAAGAAUCGGAUCUCUAUUGGAUCGGAGGGCGAGGCCAGUCAGGAUGUCGAGCCAUUACUACGAACGGAACUAUCCAUGAUCAUGACUGCAAAGCUAUCCUUCCAGUAUUGUGUUCACAAUCUGCUGCCUUAAGUUUCCCUAGGAAUGAUGACAUCAGUAAAAACUGGCAGGUCGCUGUCAAUGCCGGCAAAGCCUCUAUUCUUGGAUCUCGCGACAAGCUUUCAUUUCGCUUUCGGGGCAUCAAGUAUGCAGCACAGCCACGGCGUUUUACUUACUCGAAAUAUGAAGAACCUAAAGGCAACAUAUCUGCGCUAGAAUAUGGAUCUGGAUGCAUCAACACUUAUUGUGGUUCAACAUUAGAUUGCAGCGAAGAUUGCCUCUUUCUGAACGUGUGGACACCCACGUUACCAGCGAAAAGAUCUACAAAAAAGAAAGCAGUGAUGUUAUGGAUUCACGGCGGCGGUUUUACUAGCGGAUUCGGGAGUGAUACUACCUUUGAUGGAGGCAACAUGGCGUCUCGUGGCGAUGUUGUCGUGGUAACUACAAACUACCGUUUAUCCACGCUAGGCUUCCUUGCUAUGGAAGAUACUCCUUUGAAAGGCAACUACUGGUUAUCAGACCUAGUCGCUGCUCUGGACUGGGUACGAGCCAAUAUCGAAAAUUUCGGGGGUGACAAGGACCAAAUUACUGUAUUUGGCCAAAGCGCAGGUGCUGCAGCAGUACGGGCACUGAUUGCAUCGCCUCUCGCAAAGGGCAAGUUUGCAAGGGCAAUUUUGCAGUCCUGUCCUGGGGGAGACUUCGCAGAGUACCAAAGCAUCAAGGCAGUUACCAACGUAACUAAUGCAAUUCUAAAUGAAACAGGGUGCACUCGCAAGGACAAGGAUUCUGAAAUCAGAUGCCUUCGGGAACAAGAUCCACAUGUAUUGAUCGGCAUCCGAAACGGGACAUCAACCGGAACUCCUGCUAGCUUUUCUAAAAGCCGAAAUGCUUCCGAAGCGCUCCUUCAACAAGGCUACAAUGCCUCGGCUAUCAUAGGAUCCGGCCUAUUUCCAAUCCCUGAAAACUCGUCGAACAACACACUGGAGAUAUUCAAUCUCACUUCACGGGUCGCCACCGACGCUCAAUUCCGUUGUCCAACCCAAUCAACUGCCUUUUCUGCGAGCAAAAGCAAAGCAUUCAAGGUUUACGCCUAUGAAAUGGAACGAUCAUAUCAGCUUACACGAUAUAGCCCAAACUCAGGAGUAUGUGAUGCCCCCAAGACGGAAUCGUUUCCUUAUGGAGAUACAUCACUACCAUACUACCGAUGCCAUAGCGGUGAGCUAUACCUUAUUUUCGGAAAUUACCAACGCGAAGGUCGUCAGAUAAGAGAUGUAGAUGAUGUACCUUUCACUCAGUACAUCAUGGAUACCUGGCUUGCAUUCGGCAGAACUGGCAAUCCAAAUCCCGCAGUAGAUUUUCUUGAAGCAAGGGGUUUUUCUAAUACUUCUCUUACGAUAGGAGGAAUUAGGCCUUGGCAAGUGGUACAGUCAGGUAAUCUGAAGUUGAGGAUUCUUGAUUUGGAGCCUAGUGACAAAGGUUUCAAGGAUUUAAGGCAGUGCGAAGUACUUGGCCAACCGCUAAGCUAUUAUUCAAGUUGA